AAGGCGGGGGAAGUCAGUGUAUUGCGCUGUGAGGCAGGUUGAAGCAGUGGGAUAACGUCAUCUACGUUCACUUGGUGCGGGGGAGGAUAAAUUGUGGAAAGGCUGGAGGGAGGGAGGAAAUUGUGUGUGAGUCUAUGCGAAAGAAGUUUGUUUAUAUGUACAGUCCAGUAUCUCAAACCGGUGAACGGUCCAGUCAGUGCGGUGCCUUCGUCCGAGAAGGACCGAGCGUCGCGUGUACUCUUAUUUAAAUAAUAAAAAAAAAAAAACAAAUUAAAUUAUAAUUAUUUGUUUAAAAAAAUUAUAAUCAGUUUAUAUAAUUCUAUUGUUGAAAAUAAUUAAUUAUUGAUUUACUGUUUAAUUAUAUAAAUAUAAUAGAAAAGUGAAUUUUUUUUUUUUCUGUCGAUCGUGUUUUGUUUUGUUUUUUUUCGGUGAAUUUGCAUUGGCUGUUGAUCGUUUUUUGUUUUUUCGUUAGUCUUAUCGCGUUCGCGCAGUGUGACGGUAUUCUGUGGGGGCCCUCAUCUUAUGUGGUAUUUUGUGUAGAUAUUUAUUUUUAUAUAUAUAUUAAUUUUUUGUAUUGGAUAUUUUUUUAUUUUUUAUUACGAGAUAAGUGAGGGUUUUAUUAUAUAUUAAAAGAAAGAGAGGCAUGUUUUUUUUGUUAUUAUUUUUUGCUUUUUAAUAUAAAAAUAUUGUGUCAAUGACCGUGGAUCAACGAAUUUUCGGUUUAUUUAUCAUUAAAACGUGAAGUGAUAAUUAAAUAACCUAUAUUUUAAUAAAAUAAUGAUAAUUCAAUGUGUUAUUAUGUGAAUUAUUAUUUGUGAUAAUUUAAAAAUAAUAUUGUGAAUUAAUUUUGGAGUUAAAUUUUGAAAAAAAUUCAUCAAUUCGGGAAAAAAAUACAUCCAUCGAUAAUAAAUUGGCUGCCACGUUGUCUACCCAAAGAUAAACAAAUUAAUUAAGUGAUCGGAUAAAAUAGAAAAUUAAAAAUAGUUAAAAACAAAGAACACAAAAAAAAAAAAGAAAAUAAAAGAAAAAACUAUUAGUGAAGUAAAGGAAGAAUAAAAUUAACGAACAAGAAAAGAUUAAAUAACUAAACAAAUAAAAGAUUCGAUGGGUUUGGUGAGUUGACUUCCGACUGGACAAUUUUGUCAAGGAUCUUUCUGUUGAGUCUAGUCACGCUCAUAAAAUUCAACUUGCGAAGGAUUUAAAAAAUAUAAAAUAGGUCAAAACAAGAACACUAAAUAAAAGUUCCAACAAUUGAAAAAAAAAGAAGAGAAACAAUUCAAUUUUUUUAAUAAAAAAAAAUAAAGAGAAAGGAAAUAAAAAAUAAAAUAGAGCAAAAUAUCUUCUUCUUGAUACAAGAUAGAUAUUGUAAAAGAAAUCUUUGAACUUGUUGUCAUUGAUAUAUAUCUGUGAAACAAAAAAAAAGAAGGAAUAUUAGGUCAAGCUUGGUGUGUUGCUGAUAAAAGUAAAAUUAAACGAAACAAUGAGCCUCAAAGUAAUAGUUUUAUUGGGCCUGGUUGCUGGUUUUAUUGUGAGCACGAGUUGUCAUGAUGCUGCAACACCAUUCAAGACUAAAUCACGACGUUCAACAAUUUGGUCAAAUCAAUUUGCUGUUCAUGUGCCUGAUGGUGCUGAUGCUGCUGCUGCUAUUGCUGAUAAACAUGGCUUCGACAACAUUGGACAGAUUGGUUCACUAAAAAACUAUUAUCUAUUCAGCCACAAACAUGUGCAUAAACGUUCAUUGGAAACAAGCGACCAUCAUCAUAAACUUCUACAGGAUGAGAGUCAGGUACAUUGGUUUCAACAGCAGCAUGAAAAACAUCGUAAAAAACGUGAUUAUCAAGUACCAUCGUCAUACAGUUUUGGUGACUAUCCACCGUACUUUGAAGAGUUUUCACCAUCAAGACAACGACAGCAGUUUCAUCAUCAACGUAAUCGUGGUGCACCACUUCAAAACUUAUUCACCGAUCCACUUUUCAAGGAACAAUGGUACCUGAAUGGAGGUGCUAAAGAUGGAUUUGAUAUGAAUCUUGGUCCUGCUUGGCAAAAGGGUUAUACUGGAAAAGGUGUUGUUGUAUCAAUUCUUGAUGAUGGUAUACAAACAAAUCAUCCAGAUUUGGCAUUAAAUUAUGAUCAUGAUGCUAGUACUGAUAUCAAUGAUAAUGAUGAUGAUCCAAUGCCAAGGGAUAAUGGUGAUAAUAAACAUGGUACACGUUGUGCUGGCGAAGUUGCUGCUGUUGCAUUUAAUCAAUAUUGUGGUGUUGGUGUUGCAUACAAUGCAAGUAUUGGAGGUGUGAGAAUGUUGGAUGGCCCAGUUAACGAUGCUGUUGAAGCAAGAGCAUUGGGAUUAAAUCCAAAUCACAUUGAUAUUUAUUCAGCAUCAUGGGGACCUGAAGACGAUGGAAAAACAGUCGAUGGACCUGGACCACUUGCUAGACGUGCAUUUAUUUAUGGUGUAACAAGUGGACGUAAAGGAAAAGGUUCAAUAUUUGUUUGGGCAUCAGGAAAUGGUGGUCGUCAUACAGAUUCAUGUAAUUGUGAUGGUUAUACAAAUAGUAUAUUUACAUUAUCAAUAUCAAGUGCAACACAAGGUGGUUAUAAACCAUGGUAUCUUGAAGAAUGUAGUUCAACUCUAGCAUCAACAUAUUCAUCUGGUACACCUGGUAAUGAUAAAAGUGUUGCAACAGUUGAUAUGGAUGCUAAAUUACGUCCAGAUCAUAUAUGUACUGUUGAACAUACUGGUACAUCAGCAUCAGCACCACUUGCUGCUGGUAUUGCUGCAUUAGCACUUGAAGCAAAUCCAAAUUUAACAUGGCGUGAUAUGCAAUAUCUUGUUGUAUUAACAUCAAGAUCUGGACCACUUGAAAAAGAAACUGGAUGGAUAUUAAAUGGUGUUAAACGUAAAGUAUCACAUAAAUUUGGUUAUGGUCUUAUGGAUGCUGGUGCUAUGAUUAAUUUUGCUGAACAAUGGACAAAUGUACCACCACAACAUAUUUGUAAAUCACAAGAAAUUAAUGAAGAAAGACCAAUUGAUCAAACACCUGGAUAUACAUUAAAUGUUUAUAUGGAUGUCAGUGGAUGUGCUGGUUCACUUAAUGAAGUACGAUUUCUUGAGCACGUACAGUGCAAGAUUUCACUGAGAUUUUUUCCACGAGGUAAUUUACAACUGUUGCUAACAUCACCAAUGGGAACAACGUCAACGCUGUUGUUUGAACGACCUCGGGAUGUUUUGAGUUCAAAUUUUGAUGACUGGCCUUUCUUGAGUGUUCAUUUUUGGGGUGAAAAAGCUGAUGGUAGAUGGACACUACAGAUCAUAAACGCUGGUCACAGGAAAAUCAGCUCACAAGGAAUACUGAAGAAAUGGCAGCUGAUAUUUUAUGGAACAGCAACAAAUCCGAUCAGGCUAAGGACACCAGAAAAAAAUCCGGUACAACAUCAGACGAUUUAUCCUCCGUACAGUCCCCAUGUAGCUUCUUUCCCAAUUGAUCAUUCAGUGGCUUUGGAUCGGCUUAAAAACGACGACUUCUUUCGUCCCUCUGACUUUCAGACUUACCAAGGGCUCUACACCGGUGCUGCUUCCAACAUUGAAAAAUCAAUUGCACCCCUAGAUGGCUCAUCAGCUCCAUUUGAUACAAAUCAUUUACCAGGUGAUAUUGAUGAUGACAUCACUAGAUCAUUACAAGGCUCAUUGGAUCCAGCUCGAAGGAUACUUCAUGAUUGUGAUCCACAGUGUGAUCAUCAAGGAUGCUAUGGAAAAGGACCAACUGAAUGUGUUGCAUGCAAAACAUACAGGCUUGACAAUACAUGUGUGAGUCGAUGUCCACCAAGAAGUUUUCCAAAUCAAGGUGGUGUUUGUUGGCCUUGUCAUGAAUCAUGUGAAACUUGUGCUGGUGCUGGACAAGAUUCAUGCUUAUCAUGUGCUCCAGCACAUUUACGUGUAACUGAUCUUGCUGUUUGUCUUCAACAAUGUCCAGAAAGCUACUAUGAAAAUACUGAAAAUGGUACAUGUGUACCAUGUGAGGCAAAUUGUGCAAAUUGUCAAGAUCGUCCAGAUCAUUGUACAAGCUGUGAGCAUCAUUUAGUUAUGUAUGAAAAUCGUUGUUAUGCAGCAUGUCCUUUAAAUACAUUUGAAACACAAGAUUAUAAUUGUAUAUCAUGUCAUUCAAAUUGUGAAACUUGUAAUGGUACACUUGAUACACAAUGUAUAUCCUGCAAACCAUCACAUUUUUCAUUAAAUGGUACAUGUCGUACUUCAUGUCCAUCUGGUUAUAGUGCUGAUAAAAAAAGACGUGAAUGUGUACCAUGUCCACCUGGUUGUGAUAAUUGUGCAACUGAAGAAUGUACAAGUUGUAUUGAUGGUUGGAGUUUAAAUAAAAAAAAAUUAUGUUCACCAAUAAGCCGUUCAAAAUGUCAACAAAAUGAAUAUUAUGAUAAUUCAAAUACUUGUAAAUUAUGUCAUGAUAGCUGUGAGACUUGUGAUGGUUCAAAUGAUAAUAAUUGUAUAUCAUGUUUAUCACCAUAUUUAUUAGAAGGUAGAAAAUGUAUAUCACAAUGUGAUGAUGGUUUUUAUUCAGAAGCACAAUCAUUGCGAACAAUAUGUUCACCAUGUUUGCAUACAUGUAAAACUUGUGUAUCAAGAUUAAAUUGUACAGCAUGUCAAGAUGGUCUACAACUUCAAAGUGGUGAAUGCAGAUCAACAUGUGCACAAGGUUAUUAUUCUGAUCGUGGUACAUGUUCAAAAUGUUAUUUAUCAUGUAAAACAUGUUCAGGACCACGUAGAAAUCAAUGUGUAACAUGUCCACAAGGUUGGCAAUUAGCUGGUGGUGAAUGUCAUCCUGAAUGUCCAGAAGGUUUUUUUAAAUCAAAUUUUGGCUGUCAAAAAUGUCAUCAUUAUUGUCGUACAUGUAAAGGUGAAGGUCCACUUGAAUGUACAUCAUGUCCAGCACAUUCAAUGCUUGAAGGUGGUUUAUGUAUGGAAUGUUUAGGUGCUCAAUAUUAUGAUUCCUUAACACAAUUAUGUAAAACUUGUCAUAAUGAUUGUCGUCGUUGUACUGGACCUGGUAAAUUUAGUUGUUCAGCUUGUACAUUACCAUUACAUCUUGAUAAAUUAAAUAAUCAAUGUGUACCAUGUUGUCCUGGUGGUAUUAAAAAAAAUGAAAGUACUGAAUGUUGUAUAUGUGAUCUAGAUACUGGUGGUUGUAGAAAUAGUUCACCAGCUGGUAAAAGAAGAGUACCUGGUACUGAUAUACCAAGUGAUACAAUACAAUUUGAUACAGAUUUUGAAAGUCUUAAAAAUAGUGAUGAUAGCAUUAAUUAUUCUAAUACAUUUACUAUUAGUGCUGCAACAGUAAUGGCUGUUGCUAUAUGUGUUGCAUCAGUUGCAUUAUUUGCUGCUGUAUUUGUUGCAUUGCAGGCAGUGUCAAGAAGACGAGAUUCAACGAUCGGUUAUACAAAACUCGCAGUGAGAGUUGAGCCAAGAGAUGAAAUCGAGGCCAAUGACACGACCGAGCUAAUGACCUAGGAAUAAAUUUUUUUUUCUCCACAAUAAAAUUGAGAUGAAAAAGAAAAGAAAAAAAAAAAACAAUUAAAUUAAUUAUAAUAAUAAAUAAAAAUCAAGUGAACUUGAAUCAACAACUACAUCAAAAACUUCAUCAUCCAGAUGUUCAACAAAAGUGCCAGAUAACAAAAGAAAAUAUUCUCAAGUUAAUAUUAUUUUUUUUUUUUCUAUUUUCUCAUUCACAAGAGUUUUUAGUUUAUUCACGUUUUUACACUAGAAAAGAAGAAAAAAAAGGAAUAUAUAUAGUUAGAUUUUUUUUUUAACUAUAUGUUAAAAAUAUGUUGAUUGUUUUCUGGCACAAAAAGACAAUGAACACACGAACGUUGAAAAAAAAAGUGUUUGUUGCAUAAACGUGUGUGAUAUAUAUUUUUUUCCAUGUUUUUUUUUUUUUUUUCAUUUGUUUUAAUAAUUAUUCUUGUGUAUGAAACAAAGAUGUGUGAGAGUAAUGUUUUUGAGUGUAAAAAAAAAAAUGAACCAGAGGAAAAAAAAAUUAAUUAUAUCGUUAAUCGAUAUUUAUAUAUAUAAAUAAUAUAAAUAAGAUCAAGAAUAAUUGCAACAAUAGUUCAAUUUGAGAUAGAGAUGGGUGGGUGGUACUUGUAGGUACUAAAUGAAACAAAAAAAAAUACUAAUGGAUAACGAUAAGUGCCUGAUUAGUGACACCCAAAUAAUCUUGUUCCUUUUUUUCUCUUCCGAAACAUCCGGUUUCCGGUUUUACUAUCUUCUUUUUUUUUUUUUGUAUAUUGUUGUUCUUCUUCCUCUGUAUUUUUAUCACCCAAACAAUUAAAAUACCAUUUUUUCUUUUUGUUUCUAUUGUUUCAUGAGAGAAAAAAAAAUUCCAAGAAAUCGAGU